AUGUCGCCGCUCCGCGUCUGCAUCGUCGGCUCGGGGAACUGGGGAUCAGCCAUAGCAAGAAUCAUUGGCAAAAAUGUCCAGAAAUCCAACAGAUUUGAUCCUAUUGUCAAGAUGUGGGUAUUUGAAGAGAUCAUCAAUGGAAGAAAACUCUCAGAAAUAAUCAACCAGGAACAUGAAAAUGUUAAGUAUCUGCCUGGAUACAAGAUACCCAAAAAUCAAUUCGUUGGACGAAUCUGUGAGCAGAUUGCAGGCCAGAUAAAAUCCGGGACAUUUGGGAUUUCCCUGAUCAAGGGGAUCGAUGAGGGUCCUGAAGGCCUGAAGCUCAUAUCUGACCUCAUUCGAGAGAAACUGAAAAUAGAAAUCAGUGUGCUUAUGGGGGCCAACAUAGCCAAAGAAGUGGCUGAUGAAAAGUUCUGUGAAACCACCAUUGGGUGCAAAAAUGAAAAACAAGGGGAGAUCUUUAAAGAAUUAAUGCAGACGCCCAAUUUCAGGAUUACCGUGGUGCUUGACUCUGAUACAGUGGAGAUUUGUGGAGCCUUAAAAAACAUCGUAGCAGUGGGAGCUGGGUUCUGCGAUGGACUGGAUUUCGGCGAUAAUACAAAGGCAGCAGUCAUACGCUUGGGCCUUAUGGAAAUGGUGGCCUUUGCCAAGAUGUUCUGCAGGGGACCGGUAUCAAUAGCCACUUUCCUGGAAAGCUGCGGGGUCGCCGAUCUAAUCACUACCUGCUACGGGGGACGCAACAGGAAAGUAGCAGAAGCCUUUGCUCGCACAGGAAAAUCCAUUGAGGAACUGGAAAAUGAGAUGCUGAAUGGACAAAAGCUGCAAGGUCCUCAGACCUCAGCUGAAGUCUACAAGAUUCUGAAACAGAAAAAUAUGCUUGAUAAGUUUCCGUUAUUUACAACCAUCUACAAGAUCUGCUACGAGGGUCAGUCGAUCCAGGAUUUCAUCGCGUGCCUGCAGAACCACCCAGAGCACAUUUAG